AUGAUCCUAGCACGGUCACCGGUCAGGCGACCCGUCAACUUGCCGUCGGCGUCAGCCGAGGCUCGAAAGGCCGAUUCUGCGGCCCCUCAGGCAUCCCCCCCGUCUUCAGGCACGUCAUCCACUGACUUCCACCCAACGUGGAGACCAAUAGCAGAGUCAGACUCCUCCAGUCGCAGCUGCCACGGCAGCACUUUGGAUGACAACUCAGUAUUUACCUCGUUACCUCUUCCCCAACGUACCCAGUCGAAUGUCGUGGCAGAAGGGGCUGAUUGUUCGGAACGAGUGCAAACUCUCGCACUGGGUAUAGUCAGCACCCUAAGGCAGGCUAAAUCUGUCACUGCCGAUAUGAGAAACAGAGCCAUCGACUCAGCUAACCAAAUCGCUUGGCUAGCAGGUAACUCAAUGGCCCGCCGCUUAAAGGAGAUCGAGGCAGAAUCCGCUGCACACAAACAGGAACUAAUGACCGUACGCAGUGAGCUUGGCGAAAUUAAGGCCCUCAUAGCGAGUAACAAAGCGGUAAAUAUUGGUGAAGGUGGACAGUUAGAUCUUAACUCAGCAUUCACGGCUUCAGCUCUUGACCCCUUAAUGAAGGAGAUUCGCACUCUGAGGGAGGAGCUGACCAAACGGGAAGACGUCUGUUCCGCAACACAUGUCACCAGAGAACAGUUAGACAAGAUUCUUGGUGACAAAAUAGAAGCUAUCAAAGCUGAUAUUUCCACAGCCAAAACGGCUAUCCUGGACAUGAGAGAAGCCAGGCAUGAGGAAGUCAUCUCUCUGAUGCAUGAGCAGGGAACUGCGCUUGAUGCAGAAGUCGCUCUCAAAGAGAUCAAACAGCAAAUUAAAGAAGUUCGAACUAAGGUACAAGAAAAUACCAAGGCGAUUGAUCGUGCGGAGCUACAAAAGGCCAAGAAGCCAACCGAGCCGUCUACUGUAACUACAGCAUCAGUUGUAGAACCGAAACCUGUAAAUCAGGCUAACAAAAAUAAAUCCCGUCGUCCAACCAGUUAUGCCGAAGCUUUGAGCAAGCCGAACUAUGCGGUUUUGAUCGAAUCGGCUGACCCCAGGAAGACGUCUGAAGACGUCAUAAACCAGGUUAAACAGAAUGUUAACGUCAUUGAUUUAGGCAUUGGCGUUAACAGGGUCACAAAAAUAAAAAACCAAAAGGUUAUCAUGGCUUGCGGGUCUCAAGAGGAACGUAGUGCACUUCAGGAGGCGAUACGCCAAAAGUGCACACAGAUCUCGGCGAGAAGUACGAGAGAUAGACUUCCUCAGAUCAGGCUAGUAGGAGUCAUAAAUAGCCUCACCGAUGCAGAAAUUGAGAAGGCGGUCACGAGUCAGAACCGACAUCUCCUUGGCCCUCUUCCUCCUAAUUCACAGGCCAGGGUUCUACGCAGAACCAAAGGCAGAACCCAGGAAGUCAAGAAUGUUACUCUGGAAGUGUCACCGUCGAUUUGGAAAGCAGUUCAGGGACAGAAGCUCCACAUCGGCCUGCAAUUGGUGCCUGCAGUCGAUCAGUCGCCUCUGACCCAGUGCUACAAAUGCAUGGGAUAUAAUCACAGGGCGGCUGAAUGUAAUGAACAGAUCAGAUGUGGGCACUGUGCCCAAGAACACGACACUAGACAAGGGCUGCUGUCCUCUACUGCUAAGGGCGUCGAUACAGUCAGGGCAACAAACGCCCAAAACCCGCAGGAGAAACUCAAAAUAGCACAGAUAAACCUUGGAAGAGGACACUCCGCCACACAAGAAUGCCUCAGAGAAGCCACUCAGCAGGGUUACUCUGUCUUGCUACUUCAAGAGCCUUACGUUGGCUCCAAAGGAUAUUUGAGUGCUGGCAGUAACAGUCGGAUUAUACAAAAAUUAUACAACAGAAGCCACCCAGUAAGGGCAGCCACUGUAAUAUUAAAUCCGAGUCUACGCAUAGUCGAAAAUCAAGAUUGGAUUACAGAGGACAUAGUUGGACUAAAAAUCGUUGUAGGUAACGAAGUAUUUACUGUCAUAAAUGUCUAUCUAGAUAAAACGCACGACAUAGAUCAGACUAUGAACUCUCUCCGUAAAAUAAUAGAUUCGACUGGAACUGCCAACCUCAUAAUUGCAGGAGACGCCAACGCCAGAAGUCCAUGGUGGGGCUGUGAUACCGAGGACGAACGAGGCAGCAAGAUAAUGGACACAUUUGCAGAACUCGGCAUGGAAGUCCUUAAUCAAGGAUCCCAGCCGACAUUUCUGGUGUAUCGACAAGGACAACCAUGUCAGAGUAUCAUCGAUAUUACAGCUUGCUCAUCGCAGAUCCUCAACUUAAUCGCUGACUGGAGAAUAAACCCAAACCUCUGUACCCUAUCGGAUCACAUCCCAAUUACCUUCAACCUCAAAGCCACAACGAGCCUGGAUACAACUUCUAACUCUUCCACACGCGUAUUCUUUACUGCCAAAGCUGAUUGGACCAAAUUCGAAGAAACAUUCACCAAUAACCUCGAACAACAGAACAUUACCAUUGAAGCAAUACUAAACAUAAAUAAUACGGCUGAUCUAGAAAAUCUAGCACAGAAAUAUCACGAUGCGCUAACUAGUGCUUGCAACGAUUCCAUCCCUAAAUUACAAAGUAAAAAAUCUAUAAAUAGUGCAAAGUGGUGGACUUCGGAUCUCACUAAACUAAAAAUAGAACUAAAAAGAUACAGAAAUAGAAUAAAGAAGGCUAAUCCUAACGCUCGAAUUUUUGUAGUACAAGAAUAUAUAAAGAAAAAAGAAGAGUACAAGAAAGAAAUACAGCAGGCCAUUACAAAAAGCUGGAAGGAAUUCUGCACAGGAGAAGAAAGGGAAACGGUUUGGCAGAGAUCCUAUAGAAUAAUAAAACACUCAAGUAAAUCUGUCCGCGAAAGUCUGUUAAUAGGAAAUGAUGGUACCACUCUCUCGGCGGAAGAGUCUGCUGCCUUAUUAGUCAAUACCUUUUUUCCCGAUGACGAUCCCACAAAGGAUAGUCAUGAACAUGCCCAGAUUAGAGAAAGAUCCAGCGCAAUCUCAUCUAAGAAACUUCCUAUUGACAGACAAACCACUCUAUUCACUGAACAAGAACUGCGAACAGCAUUACAGCACGCCAAUUCUAAAAAAGCUCCAGGGGCGGAUGCUUUUACUGCUGACAUCUGCCAAAAAGCCUAUAGGACAAAUCCAGAAGUUUUGCUAGCUAUUUAUAAUCGGUGUCUCCUACUGAGCUACUUCCCUGUAAUAUGGAAAGAGGCUCACAUAAAGGUCAUUCCCAAACCUGGUAAGGACGACUACCGCAUUCCCAAAUCAUAUAGGCCAAUAGGUCUUCUAUCAUUGUUGGGGAAGACUUUAGAGAAGAUGAUGGCGAAGAGGCUACAGUGGGACCUUACUGAUCGGGGCUCUCUACACCCCAACCAGUAUGGAUUUCUCCCACAAAGGAGCACGGAGGACGCGUUAUACGACGCAUUAAACAUAGUAAAAGGCGCCAUAAAAUCCAAGAAACUGGCAGUAAUGGUCUCACUCGACAUUCAAGGGGCGUUUGACAGUGCCUGGUGGCCCGCUAUUAUCACAGAAUUGAAUUCCAUGGGAAUAGACGAGGACAUAUUGCAGCUGAUAACCUCCUAUUUGUCAGAAAGGAAAAUUACAGUUAACUACUCGGGCGCAACCCUAAGCAGAAAAACAAAUAGGGGCUGUAUCCAAGGAUCGGUCUGUGGACCGAUUCUGUGGAAUGUCCAAUUGAAUCAAGUACUCGAAGCUUCCCAAUACGGCGGAGUUCACAUUCAAGCAUUCGCAGAUGACAUACUCCUUAUAGCCCAAGGUUACACUGGUGAAGAGGUAGAGAGAAACCUAAACAAAGCGCUCUCGAAAAUACUUCAGUGGGGCAAUAAGCUUAAGCUCAAAUUCGCCCCACACAAGACGCAAGCGGUUCUCUUUACCAAGAAAUUAAAAUACUACACUCCCAGACUUAUCAUGGAUGGCACACCGAUCGAGUUGCAGGAUGAGGUAAAGGUUCUCGGAGUAAUUAUAGACCGAAACCUAAACUUCAACUCGCAUAUUCGCACUGUCUCUGCAAAGGCUCUUAAUAUCUAUAAGUCUGUAUCAAAGAUGGCUAGGGCACAAUGGGGCCUAAAUCCCGGUGUCCUCAAACUAAUUUAUCAAUCUGUUGUGGAGCCGACUAUCCUCUAUGCCGCUAGUUGCUGGGCCCAAGAUACAUCGAAUCAUUCGAUAGAGAAAACACUGGACAGAAUCACCAGGCUUUUUGCCAUAAAAAUAUGUAAAGGACAUAGAACCACCUCGUUCUCCGCUAGUGUGGUGCUUGCGGGGAUUCUUCCCCUCAAACUCAAAGCGAGUGAACAGGCCGAGCUGUACUUAAUUAAAAGGGGAGAAUCUCUGGACGCGCUGCCUGGCAGGGAAUUUGAGAGCCGCACUCCCGUCUCCUUACUACCGCAUCCAACUAACAGAAAAGGAAUCACCUUCGAAACUAUAAAAAAUCAAACAGAGUUGGAGGACGCUAUUGACAACAAUCGGCCGAGUUUUUAUACUGACGGAAGCAAGAUAGAAGGCAAGGUUGGUGGCUCUGUCUCAUGCUGGCUCGAUGGCAAAGAAGUCUUUGUAACCACUUUCCGCCUAGAAGACUUUUGUUCUGUAUUUCAAGCAGAACUAGCAGCAAUACUUAAAGCCAUUGAAACAAUGUGCAGAAAGCCGAGUUUAAAAGUCGCAAAUAUUCUUAGCGACUCAAGAUCAGCGCUGGAAAGUAUUGCAGACCCAUGUCCACUUCACCCCCUCACCAUGAAAAUCAGGCUAAAAAUUCAGGAGCUGUUAGAACGUGGUGGGAAAGUCCACUUCUAUUGGGUGAAAGCUCACAUAGGAAUAAUCGGUAAUGAGCGUGCGGAUGACCUCGCCAAGACAGCGGCUCUGAAAAAGAAAACAAGGCCCAUAUAUGAUCGGUUUCCUCUAACGUACGCCAAGAAACUACUAAGGGAAAAAUCACUUGAUAAGUGGCAAAAUUUAUACACAGAAUCCAACACAGCAGCCAUAACAAAAUUAUUUUUACCAGAUGUUCGCAAAGCAUACAAAAUAGUCAAGGCAAUAGAUAUAGACAACACAACAACUCACCUUCUCACCGGACAUGGAGGAAACCGAUCAUAUCUUCAUAGGUUCAAAUUGACGGAUAACCCCAACUGUCUCUGUGACAACGAAACACCGCAAACCAUUCAGCAUCUAAUGUUUGACUGCCAAAGAUUUUCUAAAGACCGGCAUGAGUGUGAGAUGAGAAUGGAUGCAACAUUAUCAGAGAACAACAUAGAAUAUAUAUUCGAGGACAAUCUAACUAGGGACAUCUUUAUUAAGUUUGCAAAGUCCUUAUUGCGAGUUAUAGCAAGAGAGAACGGAGCGCGAAUAGUGGACUAA